AUGUCACAGCCAUCAUCACAAGCGUCUUGGCCAGCGGGCAUUCCCGAGAUCCGCCUGCAUUCGACCGAUUUAGACUCGGAAGAGCUUACGGAUGAAGCCAAGGGGUGGUUGCUGUUCGUACGGCACACGUCAACCCCCGCAGAUGCGCUGCGUCACCGGCGAGCCCUAAUCGAGAGAUGGGCUACUGCUAGCCAGGAGCUCCGCGAGCUACUCAACCCGGGCUCCGGCGCACCUAUCACGCUCAGCGAAGUCCUGCCCGCGCUCUACCUUCACACGGCCGAUCUCUUUGUCCUCUCCAUGACCCGAGACGGCACGGUGGUAUUCGCCUCCGGGCCGGGCCUGACGUGGUUCGUGAUCGACGAACCUGGGCUAACCAACGGGCGCCUCACUCUCGCUCAAUUUGGCUCUAACGGGAAUAUCCGCGUUUCUACCCUCCGUCGGCCCUGGAAUAUGGGCCAAACUAUGUCCUUCGAGCAGAUGGGUCAGUAUCUCAGCGAAAUCGCCGAGUCUCGUAUCGGAGGCCCGCCGCAGUAUAAUGAACCGUAA